CUGGCCAUUGGCCUCUUGCCCCUGAGACAACAGAAAGGCCAUUGAAGGCGGCCCAAGCAUCUUAGAGUGCAGUGCCAAGGUUCGGCGGCCUCCAGUGACUGUGGGUGCCUGUUGCCUAGUGCACCUGCACCCUCAGCUCUGGGUGGACACCCCAUAAGCAAGCCUGAAUAGGUGUACAGCUACAGCAGAAGAGCAAGAUAAAGCCAAAAGGAGCCUGGAAGUUGCCUAAGACGUCCACUCCCCACUGAGGAAGCUUGAAGCCCAGGAUGAUCUUGUCAAAUUCCACUGCUGUGGUGCCCAUCCUGGCCACUGUGUGGCAGGGUACAGUCCAACCAGGCAGCAAUUCAUCUGGCCUGGCCCGUAGGUCCCCUCUCCGUGAUGACAGCAAGCUGGAGGCUCUCUACAUCCUCAUGGUGCUGGGGUUCUUUGGUUUCUUCACUCUGGGCAUCAUGCUGAGCUACAUCCGCUCCAAGAAACUGGAGCACUCACAUGACCCAUACAAUGUGUACAUCGAGUCAGAUGUCUGGCAGGAGAAGGACAAAGCAUUCUUCCAGGCUCGGGUUCUGGAGAGCUGCAGAGCAUGUUAUGUCAUAGAAAACCAGCUGGCUGUAGAGCAGCCCACCACAUACCUGCCUGAGCUCAAGCCUUCUUCAUGAAUGCCAAGGCUGGUUAAAGUUGGGCAAGCUCCACAUGAUAAUAUGAUGUUCCUAAUCACAUGCUUCUCAUAUUUGUGAUUAUAUGAUUGCCUCUGACAUUCUUUUGUCAUUUUCAGGGCCUUGGGGAUUAAUGACACUUCCUAAAAUCACAUUCCUCCUAUAGAAAGCUUUUGAUUGCUCCUAAAUAUUUGUCCAUGAUUGUUAUAUAUAGUAGAAUUCCUGACCAUGGCCUCCAAAUAUAUAGGCUGCA